CCCCGGUCAAGUAAUUUGCUUGUCAGUGGGUUCUGUCGGGGUCCUGCAGGGGAGGGCGAUUGCACUACAGGGGGUGGUGCCCCAAUAAUGUUUACUCUUCUUUGGUCCCUGUGACGUCUCACAUAACACUGAAGUAGUCCAACACACACCAUGGAUGUUGUAGUUAAAGUGACCCAACGAUAGAAGCUCUUUAAGCUAGUGAUUAGCUUUUACAACCUAUCGGUUUUCUAACUAAGUUACUUUUGCUUUCCAAACCUAUUUUAUUGAUAUCUAAAAAUUGUUUACUUUCCAAAUGAAAAUCAAAAUAUAAAACAGCUGAUUUAAAGUUCUAUCUGUGGUAUCGUUAUCGAACGCUGAAUGCUUCCCGUGGAAGGCAAACCCAUCACUAAACCAAAACUUCAAUUGAGAAAUUCACUGCAAUAACAACAAUGUCUGACCGCAAGGACAAGAUGCUGCCUACCGAUGGCAAUUGGAUUCCAGAGUCGCGUUUCUUUUCCCAAGAAGUAAUCACCGAAACGAUACAAGGAUUGUGCAAAGGCAUCGAUGGACUCAACGACGAGGGACGCCAGUCGCUGGUCAGAUUACAGAAAAACUGGAUGGGUAAAAUGGAAAACCGUCAACCCGAGUCGAAUCCUUGUCCAUCACCACCAAACAAAUCGCAAACCAAGAACAACGUUCUGCAACGAUCUAUGAUCUCUCCACCAGAAGAAGAGGAACACCACAACGUAUUCGACUUGGAUGACAACGAGGUGGUCAGGAACCGCAUUUGCAUACCACGUCUGCGUUCAAAAUGGAAACUGCGGUACUUCGAUAUCAUGAUGCCAGCGUAUGUCUUAAAGCAGGGCCUUUUGACUGAUUCCUUUACCUUGGAGAUACUGGACAAGUUCAUGGAGUCCCCCCACCAAGAAGCCACCGCUUUCCUACAAAAGUUCAUAGAUGAUGUGGUUCAGAAUCGCUCUUAGAAUGCUUUCCUUCUGACUUUCUUUUUGCUUAAGGAUUUUUGUAAAAUAUUGUACAUUAAAAAAGAAAAAGGGUAAAGUAUAUCCACUAACCAUAGAACCUUGUACUAACCCUAUACUAAGUAAAAUAAUUAUCGGCUUCAAAUAAAGGAAAGCUUUUCUGUAACAUCAAAAAAGGAACUAUCAUAAAAGACUUUAUUAACUCUUUAAUAAACAAUGUAUAAAACCAA